CUAUUCAACAGCAUGAUGCAGAUCAUAAGCGCUACAUCGUUUUUUUUGUUCUGAAUUUUCCUGACAGUACCUUUAUUUCUAAAUAGAAAAAAUAUCUACUGCCGAAGUCAAAGUUGAGUCUCUUCGGUCAGCAUCCAUUUUCGGGAACGAGGGAACUGGCAUCUCGCUGAUCGCCAAACCGUGUGCCCGAUCUCCAUGCGCAGCGGCUCGCACCUUGGCGGACGCACUUCAGGAACCAAACUGUUAGCAACGCCGAAACUAUUGCUAACGUGGUCGUUAGAGCGACACAUCCGCUGAACAUGUGAGCUGUAUAUCUGAAGAGCUUUAAACGGAUCAAAAACAAAUUCUGGAAAAAGACCCAAAAUGUCUUCAAUACCUGGACUUCCGCCGGUGGGAUCGGACGUUACUGUUCUGGUAACUCGUGUCAAUUUGAACGCCAACUGUGUGCUUGUAGAGUUAUGGGCCAACUUCAACAAAGAAAGGGAAGCAGAAUAUAAGUGCAUGGAAAGGUCCAUUCAGUAUCCCGGUGAACUGUUUCGAGAGCAGGACGGAGAUCCUGGAGACCAUUGCUUGGCCUGUGUCGAUGAUACCUGGUCCCGAACACGCAUAGUAUCGAGAAAUGGCAAUAAUUACACAGUGUUCCUCAUUGACAAGGGUUGGAUACAUGGGGCCACCACAAACUUGUUGGCAUGGGGCAAGAAAGACUACUUUCUCUUGCCACCCGAGGUUGAAUUCUGUGUGCUGUCCAAUAUCCUGCCGCUCUCCCCUGACAACAGGUGGUCUCCAAUGGCUCUGCAGUUUCUUGAUUCACUCUCUGGGAUAACAGUGAGGGCAUUGGUUCAAAAUGUGCUUGUUCCACAGAGAACCUUUCUCUUGCACAUUGCAUGCAUAUCGAAGCAAAUGCACGAGAUGGGGUUUGCCAAAUGUUUGUCUCCUCCUGAGUUCAACGACUAUGUGCUCAAGUCGGUGCAUUCUGACAACAGAAUAGCACUUUCCCCAGGGCCCCCUCAGCAGUCCACAGCGGACAGGGGUGAGCCUUUUGACCAACAGCAGUCCUUCAUGUAUGUCGAGCUGCCCAUAGGGAUUGUGGAGACGGUCAUCAUCACCGAGGUGACCAGCCCACUGCGGGUGUUCUGCCAGCUCAAAGUUUGCUCGCAGGAACUAAAGAAACUCUCGGAGAAAUUAACAAAGCAUUACGAAGGCCGGACCUCCAGCUCCACUGGCCCUGAUACGCUUGGAUCUCCGUGUGCAGCGAGAGGAAAUGACGGGAAGUGGUACCGGUCGGUCGUGCGGCAGAUCCUUCCGGCCAACAACGCUGUGGAAGUGUUCAAUGUCGACUCUGGAAAGAAACAGUUUGUUCUCGUGGACAAUGUAAAACCGCUGGCGGCCGAGUUUUUCAGAAUGCCGGUCAUGACCUACAUCACCUCCCUCCACGGCAUCAUCGACAAAGGGGUGGGCUGGACGGCCGGCCAAAUCGACCAACUCCGGUCCCUUCUGCUGUGCCAAACCGUGGUCGCCAGAUUCGAGUACCACAGCCUCUCGGAAGGCGUUCAUUAUGUCACGCUGUACGGCCAAGACAAUAAAAACCUGAACACCUUGUUUGGCUCCACUGAGCGUUGCCUGCUGGAAAGCGAGAAGCUGCUUGUGGAUUAUGUUGGGGACGGCCCUUUGUGUAAGACCGGUGAUCAAGCUCCACAUGAAGGUCAAGGAGAUGCCCAGAGCUCUCCCAAGGCUGUGAAGCUCGUCGGAAGAAAGACACCCAAAGAACAAAUACCGGUGGAAGAUCUUCCUCUCGGUUCUUCCCUUGUUGUGGUGGUCCUCCGUGUCUCUUCGCCGUCCGAGUUUUGGAUUCAGACACAGAAAUAUGCCAUCGAAUUUGAUCAUCUGAUGGCUGGCAUUUCUGACCUGGACAGGGAUCCGGUCAACCCAACUGUUGGCUCCUACUGUGCAGCUAGGCUACAAGAUGGCCUUAUGUACAGAUCAAGGGUAGUUGAAGUGAGGGAAACCAAAAUCAAAGUUUUCUUGGUUGAUUAUGGAAAAACAGAAGUUGUUGACCAGGGAAGCAUCUGCUUUCUUCCAAACAAGUUCAGAGAGCUCCCUCAACUUGCAUUACAAUGUAAGCUUGCAGGCGUCAAGCCAAGAAACGAGAGGUGGACCCGCACAGAGGUCGACUUUUUCACAAGAUCGGUUACAGAUAAACUCCUGCACAGCCGGGUGGUCACCCAGUAUGACGGUGGCUAUGGUGUCCGACUGACGGACUCUGUAGCACAUGGAGAAAAAGACGUGGGCAAGCUAAUGUGCAGUUAUGACAUUGCAGUGCAGGAUGAUGCACAGAGUGAAGAUGGGUACAAAGUCGCCUCUCCACAUGCCAUGACUACCCUGGCACCAAACCGUGGUGCCGCGCCAUUGGUUGUCAAGGACUCUAUCUCAGAUUGUCAACCUCAAAACCCUGUUGAUCUCAACAACAAUGAGGGCCGACCUGCUACACUCGGUGAGCAAAGGUUUGCAAUCGGAAGCACCCUUGAGGUCAACGUAUCUUGCAUUGAAAGCCCAAAUGAUUUCUGGUGCCAGUUGACUCGAAACAUGACUUUUCUCAGACUGCUCAUGCAGGACUUGCAGACCUACUACGCUGAGAGUCAGUUCUCUCCCUUUGCGGAAAAGUUAUGCGUCGCUCGCCAUCCUGACGAUGGAAUGUGGUACCGGGCCAUUGUAAUCCACAGGCAUGUGACACGCCAUGUCAAUGUGCUGUUUGUGGACUUUGGAAAGACGAAGGCAGCUGUCCCCCUGUGCAACCUGAGGAAGAUAUGCCCAGCAUUUCUGAAACUCAAGGGACAAGCUUUCCGCUGUUCUCUUUACAAUCCUGAGGAACCAUUGCCGCCUAUUAAAGAUUGGAACCAGGAGGCAAGGGCACAGUUCAAGGAAUUUGUCGAGACUGCUGUGUCCAAGCAUGUGGAUUUAAAAUGCACUGUGUACGCAACCAUGUACAGUGAACAGAAGGUUCUGCAUAACAUUGUGGAUCUGGAAACGCCUUUUGAAAGUGUUUGCACUCGUAUGCUCCAGCUGUCAAAAAGCACGCCUCCAAAGAAGAUUCCUGCGCCGUUGAUUCGACUGGACACGUACUGUUACUCUGCACACAACAUCAAAAUGGGGACGGAGGAGAUGAUGACGGUAACAUCUGUGGAUAGCGCAAAUCAGUUCUACUGCCAGCUGGACCGCAACUUUGAUGUGGUGGAAGACCUCACAGUGAAGCUGCAGAGCUUGUGUGAACGACUAAAAAACGCUAAACUCCCCACAUUGUUUGGAACGGUGUGCUUUGCAAAGUAUCCCGAUGGACACUGGUAUAGAGGACUGAUCAAGGCCACAAAGCCAUCCAUUCGUGUCUUCUUUGUAGAUUAUGGUGACACUCUCGAGGUGGACAAAGCGGGCAUACUCCCUGUUCCUAUGGAGGCUACUGAGAUCAUGAUGGUGCCGGUGCAAGCGAUCGAGUGUGGUCUCGCCGACGUCCCCGCCAAUGUUCAAAGCGAGGUUAACAGCUGGUUUAAGACGAAAGCCACAGAUGGUUCAUUCAGAGGAUUGGUUGUAGCCAAAGAACCAUGCGGCAAACUCCUUGUUGAACUGUAUGACGAAACAAGCCAAGUCAACUCUGAGAUCAGAAAAACCUUCCUGACUGCCCUCCCAAAAGGUGUCCCAGAGUUGAAGGAUAACACUCAGGCUCCAAAGAGAAAACCGUGUUCGGACCCAAAACCAGUGCCUCACCUUGAGAAUGAUGUUAAAGUAUCAAGAGCAACCUCUUGGUCUGAAAACAGGCACUCGCAGCGACUCAAUGAGAAGUCCAAUCCCCUGACACAGGAUCGCUACAAAACGCCACACCAAAGGAACAUGGCCAGCCGGAUAGAGGCGGGGCAACAGUGGACCGACCAAGUGGACACCCAACCAAUAGAACAAUAUGUCCCUGAACAACGGCAACAGCGUUCUGUAUCUCAUCUACAUUGCACAGAAUCCCAGCAAAGUAAAGUGGUCUUGGAGCCUAAAAAGCCGGCCCCCAAGCAGUCAGAGAAACCAAGGACUUUGGAUGUGAAAGUGGAACCUCUUCGGUAUCUCCUACCUAAUUUCUCCGAGGGGCAGAAAUUGGAGGCCUAUGUCGCAACCAUUAAAGGGCCUCAUACCUUCUGGUGUCAGCCUGCAGACGGUGAAGAGCUCGAUAGAAUCACCCAUGCCGUUUCAGAGCUGGGAAACGCCGAACACAAGCCUCUUGAUCCGAAGCUGCUCUCACACGGCAGAGCGUGUGUCGCCCUUUUCACAGACGAGCAGUGGUAUCGAGCAGAGGUCCGCAGCCUGGAUGGCAGCAAACUCUCUGCUCACUUCGUGGACUACGGAAACGACUCGCAAGUCAACAUUAAAGAUGUGAGGGAAAUUACCUCUGAGCUCGUCAAGAUUAAAGCGCAGGCGUUUCUGUGCGAGCUUGACGGGUUUGAUGAUGCAAAUGGCUCCUGGACAGAGGGGGCAGUUGAACACAUAGCGGAGCUCAUGACGGACAAGUUGUUGGAGUUGACCGUUGUGAAGGUACUGGGGGAAGACGAGGGCAAAUUCAAGUGCAUUGUUCAGGUGUUGUGUGAAGGCAAUAAGAUUAAUGCCACGGCAAGAUCAUACUGGAGAAGCUCCCGAACUGAAAAUAACAUUGAUUCCACGGAACUAUCGGCUGUGCACCCAACAUUACUGCCCUGCGAUUCUGCUGUCCAAGACACGGCGAUGCCACAGUCCAAGAGUGAAGCAGAAGAACCUGAGCAUCACACCAUGGAGAAGGAAUCUCCAAGAGACCCUCCAGAUGAACAGCACACCGUUGGCUCUGAGAAGUCUGAGGAGCCUAGCAUACUUUCUGAGGUGGCUAUGGUGUCAGAACUGACUUCGGAAAGCCUGGAUCAAACCACUCAUUCACCGCAAUCGGACUCUGUCGGUGAUGAAGAGGUCCCCGUUUUAUGUGAAGCUCAACCUGGAGAUGGAGCCGCCCGACUAUCGGAUAAGGAUGAAGCAUGUCAACCGGAGUCGUUGAGCACAGACGACAGCGUGAUCAAACCGGACCAGGACUGCCAACGUGAUGACCCUCAAGUUGAUGACAAGGGUUCAGGUCCUGAUCAAGACGGCCUAGAAGAUACUCCGGCAACUCUGGAACUGGAUUUGGAUUCUGAGUUUGGUGGACUGAGAGUGGCAGAAGCUCUGCCGGUGGGGGCCAUGUGUAUCAUCCGGUCACAGACGAGCCAGCGAUGGUGUCGAGCAAUAAUCCUGAAAAACCUACCGGACCACACGUUGGUUGUGUUGAUCGAUGAGGAGAGGGAGAUGCUCGUCCGUCCAGACGCUGUAUUUGAGUCGGUGGUGCCGCGAGCGGAUCAGCUGGAUGCAAACAACAACCAGUGCAGCGACCCCCACAGUGUCCCAUUCCCAACCCAACUCCUGGCUGGUGAACUGAGUGACGACAGCGAGGGAACACUGGUGGGAGUGGAAGAAAUGACUUCGCGGGAGGACGGGGACUUGGAGACGUCCCUCAGCGAAGGCACCCCACCCAGAAUGGAUGGGCCACUACCUGUGCAGGACAACGGGGCGCCUUCAGCCCCCUGCGGGCCUUCACAGCCCGGCACUGCGGCUCCUGACGAGCUGCUGGGCACUGUGGAGGAGGUGGUGCAUCCCUCUUCAGAGGAGGUGGUGCCCUGUACCCGGGAGGAGGUGGUGCCCUGUACCCGGGAGGAGGUGGUGCCCUGUACCCGGGAGGAGGUGGUGCCCUGUACCCGGGAGGAGGUGGUGAAUCCCUCUUCAGAGGAGGUGCAGCAGAGGUCUACACAGGCGCUGAGCUGUCCUACAGAGAAGGAGGUGCAGCUGCCUCUUACAGACGCGGUGCUGAUGCCCUCGACCAAGGAGGAGGUGCAGGUCAAUCCAUUAGCAGAGGAGGUGCCUUUGCCCUUUUCAGAUGACGAGGAGGGGCUCCUUCCCUCCAGACUGGAGGGGCCUCCCCUGGCGGAGGAGGUGGUGGUGUCUCCUCCGGAUGAGACGGUGAUGGAACAGGGACCUUCUCCGCGUGUGGGAGAACCUCGAGCAACAGCGGUGGCAGCCGGCAGGGAGCUGGCAGGAGACGAACGUCCAACAGAAGGACGUCCUCUGCAGGGGGCGGGAGCUAGAGGUCCGACCAUGCUCCACCGUGCUAUUCUGAACUUCUUCUGGUGGACAGGACUCUCCUCUGGACCGGUACCUGUGGACGAAGAGCAGGGGACCCCGGAGAUUCAACCAAUCGCAGCCCCACGGCGGGACGCGGAGGACCUGAUGGAGAGGGUGCCGCUGGGCUCGGCGGGACAGAGUCUGGAAGCUCAGUUGUCAUCGGUGACCCACCUGUCGCUGGUGAUCCACGACAGCUCGGAGAACCUCACCAACGAGGAGUGACCAAGAGAGGGCGGGGCCAAGGAGCCAUGUGACCCAGGACCACUGAGGAGUGACCAAGAGAGGGCGGGGCCAAGGACCACCGGGGGCCUUUUACUACCAAGUGUGUGUGUGUGUGCAUUUUUUCUGACGUUUGUUUUGAAGUUCCAAAAUGUGCCGUUGGGCCAGUGUUUACUUUAUAAUAUACUUUUGUUAAAGCUUUAUUUAAAAGGUUGUCUUUGCAUGCUUUGUGGUCAGUCGCCCACCGUUCUGAAUACUGUGAAUGUCUUGCUCCCAUGCUGGUUUCUGUUGCACACCCUCCCUUUGAAGACCCUUCCUCUCGGAAAUAUGUUCUGGUCCUGGUCCAAUCUCGAAGGCCAUGUUGUUCUUGUAAAAAUAACUUUGUUAUUGUUAAAAAAAGAUUGUAUUUUUCCCACGUUUUAUUUUCAAGAACAUUAAUUGUUUGUUGAUUCCGGUUUGUCAAAAGACAAGGAAAAUGUGACUUUAAGUUGGCGCAAUAAAUAACAGCAUUUCCUUGAA